CGACUUGGUGCGCGUUGCCGAACGAACCCUUAAACCAAAGCAAAGGAAAGCUCUUCGCGGUGAAAGCCCCUUCCCCCCCAAAAGUGUGUUUGUGUGCGCGCGUUAAAAAGAGGAGCUUUUUUCGGGGAAGCUUUUUUUCGGCGCUGUGUGCGUGUGCAGUUCGUGUUCGUACUAGUGAUAACAGAGAACUCUUGAAGUGUGUGCGUGUGGCCCAUUUGCGCCUUUUUGACAUCGUUUCCAAUUUUGUUGUGCUUGUUUACUAUUACUAGCCAGUAUCGAGGGGCAGGAGUGCGGAAAAUUCGCGUGGUGCUUUUCCACGAGAGGCAAGGAUCCCUGUCACCAAGGAUCCCCAUCAUCGUCAGCCGUUGUUGCGAGGAAGAAAAAAAGUAAACCAAAAGCUCCCCGAAAGCUAAUAAAUAUUUGGUGAGAUAAAGCAGAGUAAAGUUCUGACGGUGGUGUAGUGCAAAAAAAAAAGAAGAAAAUUAACUUUUCAUAGAAGAAGUGGGAGCUUUUGCCUGGCUUAGGAGAGAACGUGACAAGUGACAAGCGAAGCCGGAAAAGCUUGAAGGCGAGUGUGUGUGUGUUUGUGGGAAAACGGCGGUAAAAAUAGGAAAAAAGAGGAGAGGAAAAACCACCAAACAGUUUGACCGCACCGUCGAACCCCAGACCGUUGACCGAGCUGCGGACCGAGGGCAGACUGCUGUAAAUAAAGCUGACGUUUACCACUGCACCAGCCCGAGCAGGGAUAAAUAACACAGGAAUAUCAAGUCCUGGUAUUACUUGUGGAAAUUGCAGCGACAAAAAUGUGCAGCAAUGCACUUUUUUUGCAUGAGCAAUUCCAGCCCUGAACAGGAUUUUUCAGCUCUCCCUCCUCCGUGUGUGUGUGUACACCCCAUCGUCUGAGAAGCCCGGUUCCGGAUCACGCGAUAUACGGAACCACGUCGAGAUUCCCUGCAACUUUUAUCCCCGACACCCCUCCCGACUGCAUACAUUUUUAAUAACCGCAAUCAGUGCUCGUUUCACUGAACGUCGCUUCGUACGUCUCUCGUAACGAUGGCAAGCAGUGUGAUGCAACAGCCGUCGUCGGCCGGCCGGUGCCAGCACCAGCACUCCCCACAGCAGCAGCAACAGGUGCUCCAGACCCAGCAGCAGCAAAUAGCCAUCGAGAUUGCGGCCGAUCCGGUCCCUGGUCCGCUGGUUCCGCAGCACAUCCACCAGCAGGAACUGCAAGCCCACGCCCUCCUGGCCCAGUGCCAGCAGCCCCAGGGGACGCUCCCGACGCCGAACGUGGACAUUGUGCUGCGCGAAUCGACGCGGGCCAAUCUGGUCAGCCGGAAGGGCAAGGGUUCGUCGAUCGAGGAGGGUGGUGGCGGCACCGGCGGUGGCGGUGGCCGGAGGAGUGGCCGCUCGGGAAGCAGCAAGGACGGCGGCAAGGGCGGCGAUGGCAAGUCCGUGUACCGGAAAUUCUUCAAGCGCAUCAAGACCAUUCUGGACGGCAACGACCCGGAAGCGAGCAGCAAACCUGAAGCCGAAGAUCUGCCCGUUCCGCAGCGCUACUACCCGGACUCGCUGGUAGAGCUGACCCGGACGGCCCGCUUCUCCGAGGAUGAAAUCAAGCGAAUAUACCGCGGCUUCAAGGCGGAAUGUCCCACCGGGAUCGUCAAGGAGGAAACCUUCAAGGGCAUUUACUCGCAGUUCUUCCCGCUUGGAGCUAGCAGCGGCCAGUACGCACACUACGUAUUCAAUUCCAUCGAUUUGGACCGCAAUGGCUCAUUAAGUUUCGAGGAGUUUGUGGCCAAUCUGUCGAUUCUGCUGCGGGGCACCGUGGACGAGAAGCUCGCGUGGACGUUCUCGCUGUACGACAUCAACGGGGACGGGUCCAUCAGCAAGGAGGAGAUGAAGGAGAUCGUGACCGCCAUCUACGAGCUUAUGGGCAAGGUCCCGGAGGGCUGCGAGGAGGAGCAGGCCAUCAAGGACAAAGUCGAGCGGCUGUUUGAGAAAAUGGACCGCAAUUGUGACGGAAAAAUCACGCUGGACGAAUUUAUCGAGUGCUGCACCACGGACGAGAGCAUCCGCCGCUCGAUUGCCGUCUUCGAUACCAUCUUUUAAAGUGGUGCCAGCCAGCAAGAGGACGGCAUUUUCGAGGAUUGACAACUUGAUCUUUUUUCCCUGCAAGGCAAUUUUACCGUUUCAACCGGACGCAGAAGAAUCUAAGCAUUUCUAGUAGAGUUUCUUAAAUAUUAGUUGCGCUAAAAUUUGCUGGUGAUUGAUGUUUUUAGCGGAAUGCACCCAAUUGUAGGUCCACGGCAUUUGAUGUUUAGUGACAGCUGGCAACCCUUCCAGUGAGUGACAGUUUACCAACGGGACUAGGAAACGACCAAAAACCUUUGUGUUUAAGUCAUAUCAUGUGCAGCAAACAGUGGGCCCAAGAUGGUUUCGAUAGAUCGAAGCUCAAUACGUUUACCGAAUGGUAGAGAACAUGUUUAUUUUUGGUGUUUAAUUUAAUGAUCGAUGAUGCAAUAAGGUUUUUUGUAUUCAUGCGUAAAAAGCAGUUUUGAUUGUAAUUUGUCGCGUUAAAUAACAAUGUCACUACAUUUUGGGCCAGUUAAAUCAGCAAUCCAUUAGCUUAUUCCAUCGCACCACUUUCUAAAAAGUCAGUAGAACAGGAGGCCUACAUUGGAACAGCAAUAUAAGAUGUUACGCUAAUCCUAUACUUACUAAUACAAAAACACUCACACAAUAGCUUAGUUGAACUGUUUAAACUUUGUGGCACCCUUUCAUAACGUGUAUGAAAUUGAAAAAAAAAACUUUCAAGAAGAACAAAUAGAAGUCACGCUUGGCUUGGAAAUGUAAACAAUAAAAAAAUGAAUACGUUGUAGUAGAAGACUUGCUUAAAGUCUUAUUCGCGGAUAAAAUUGAUCCACAAAAAAGAGGGUCAAUGUUGUCCGCGAGGUCGGUAUAGUUAGUACGAAACAAGCAAGAAAAGUGAUAUAAAUGUUGUAAUUGUCAACAGAUAAAUAAUAUAAAUCGUACCGAUUGCAAUGUACUUUGGAUGGCUGCUUUACUUCCAAAAAAACAAAUUGGCAACAUCAAAUGGCGCUGUUAAUAUAAUGAAUAAGAAGAAAGCAUUCACACGAAAUGCGCAAAUAUGAUUUGCAGUAACUUUGGUCGUACAAAAACAAUCGUGAAUCAGUGUUCCAAAUCAACUUCCUUGCGUAAAGCUACAGCAGAAAUGAGGGAAAGAUAAAACAAACGCUAACUUGGCAUAUGUAAUACACGUACCUUUAAUCUUACAAACAAAAAAACUGUUAAAUGUUCAGAUGUUUUCCAUUACUCCAAAGUUUGAAAAAAGUUUCACAAACCUUAAACAAUCCUGUUCGGCUCUAUUAAUACUUAUAAAUUAAAAAUGUAUUCAACUUUGCAAACGUUUCUAAUCUUCCAACACACAUCUCUUAUCAAGUUGUUGUAGUCCAAACUCUCAGAAAACAAAUAAAAAAUCACAACUUUCGACCCAAUUUUGGAUUGAUGUCGUUCUUAGCCAACCAAAACACGAGCGAGAUAGUUUGAAAAGAAAACAGACAGGGGAAUAAAUGUUAGAAGCAGUUUUUAGAAAGUUGCAAGUUAAUCUUACUGAACGGUAUAUCCUAUUUCCCAAGCACCAAAUACCACAAAAAACUCCAGUGAUAGAAAAGCUAGGCAGACGGUUUCUGCAACACUAAUAUAUAUUUUCGUACACUUUCAAGUAUCGGAUUUGAGAAUGCUGAAAAUCUCUGCAUUUAUUAAAUCAAACAGAAUUUAUUGAUAUCGAUUACACAAAUAAGAAAAAAAAAAGAUUUUUUUUAUUCACGGAAAGUGUAUUUUUUACGUAGCAUCGAACCAGUUGUUAUUCCAUGUUGCACGAAACUUAAUACUUCGUACCCUCACAAAUCGUUGUUAUCACCCCUUUCUUGGAUGAAAUCCGCAAAAUUUACUAAAUACUAUAUACCACAAUGUAAUUGUUGUUGUCAAGUGAGCAUUUUUCAUGGCUAUGAAAAUGGAAACAAUAUUGUAGAUGGUUGAUAGAAAUGAGCAAAAGAAAAGAUCAAACGAUGAAAACAAACCCGUGAAAAUGACACAUUUUCAGUUAUUUCGGUGUUUACGAACAUAAAUGCAUUUACUACACAAAAGAUCAAUAAAAGUGAAAUUCUAUUAUACGUAAA